AUGGCGCCGAUCCGGCGUUAUCUCCGCAUAACCAAGUACUCGGUUCUUGAAUGUCGUAUCUAUCUGGAUAACCCGGCGCUGGCACAGAGCUGGCUGCUCAAUCCGCGGCACAACACGCUCUCCAGGGUCAUAGAAGCAGUCCGGCCACUGGUGCUUCCCAAGCUGCGCGAGGAGAGAGAGCGAGCCCGGAAGCGGAGCACUAAGAAGAAAGGCAUCAAGGAUGUCGUGGUCGAAGAUGACUUCGAAGUAUCCAUAUUCCUCACCGAAACCAGCACGCGCCACUCGCUCCUAACGAAACACAAGAAUUUUCACGAUACGACACAGACCAAACUAACAUCUAAUUCGGGUCGCCUGGUCGGCGCUUCGAACGAAGCGCCUAUCGACCUUGACCUCGACGCGGCUACAGCCCCCAUCACGCUGCGCGACGAGGACAGUGACGAGGACGUGGGGGCCGCUCUGGCUGCAAUACCCGCGGCCCCGGCGCCAAACAGCCGGCCCAAGCGACCCAGGAGGAACACCGGGCAGACGGAUGAGGGGGCCGAAGACGACCAUGAAGUGAUCUCGUCUGAGGACGAUGCAGAUGACACCUUGUUUGUGCCGCCAGACACACCGGACCAGCCCCCGCAUAAGCGCCGCAAGGAAGCUGCAGACGAUGGGGGCGGCGACGACAAGAAGAAGCUUGCCAUGGACAUCUCAUACGAGGGUUUCUCUAUCUACGGGCGCGUGCUAUGUUUGGUCGUUAAGCGCCGACAGGGCCCCAAUGCCGCGGGCAGCGGCAGGGUUGCAUUGGGGGCCGCCGGCGGGAACAGCAAGGCUAAAGAGAGCGGGCCACCGGGAGGCGGCCAGGCAAUGAUGGAGAACUUUAUCAUCUCGACUCAAGUUCCGGCAGGAGAGGAAGGUCCUUGA